AUGGCAGGAACAAAGCGCCCAAUUCGUGUUGCAAAUUUUAGUGGCGCUGUUGGUGAUGGGCCCUUGGCCUUGUAUCGCGCAGUGAGAGAAGGGCCGGUUGAUGUCGUUACGGCAGAUUACCUCGCUGAGGUAAACAUCGCUUGGCUUGCUUUGGAGAAGCAGACGAACCCUGAAAAAGGCUACGAGGCGGGUUUUCUCCGCCAACUAGACCGCGAGACGGCUGAGAUCGUGGCGGCCAAGGGCAUCAAGAUUAUCCACAACGGUGGAGGGCUCAACCCAGCAGGGCUCGCAGCGCAAUGCCGGCAGUUGCUCGAGUCGUAUGGCAUCACCAGCCUCAAGGUUGCAUAUGUCGAGGGUGACAAUGUUCUGAGUUUGCUAGACACGCUGAAGUCACCUGGCUCUAUUCCACACCUUGACACCAAGGGCCGUGACUUGUCGCACAUCACCAAGCCCAUAGUCAGCGUCAACGCCUAUGUGGGCAUGUCAGGUAUCGUCGAGGCGCUCAAAAUGGGCGCCGACAUUAUCAUUUCCGGAAGAUGCUGCGACGCUAGCCCUGUGAUGGGUGCUGCGGCAUGGUGGCAUGGAUGGAAGGAGACUGACUAUAAUCAGCUGGCAGGAUCACUGCUGGCUGGGCAUGUUAUUGAGUGUGGUUGCUAUGCCACUGGCGGUAACUUUUCCGGUUUCAUGUCUAUUCCUCAGAAUUGGGACCAGGGAUUUCCAGUGGCAGAAAUCAGCGCAAGCGGAGACUUUGACAUCACACUUCACGAAGGAGCGCGUGGCCUGGUGAGUCGGGACACCAUAACGGCACAGCUCGUGUACGAAAUUCAAGGUCCCUUCUACCUCAACCCCGACGUGGUUGCGGACAUCACCGAUGUUCAAAUAUCGCCUAAUGGCAAGAACAGAGUCUCUGUCACUGGUUUUACGGGCGCUCACCCGCCACCUACGACUAAGCUGGCAGUCUGCAUGCAAGGUGGCUACCAGAUCGAGUACUAUCUUUUUGCCACGGGGCUCGACAUUGCAGAGAAGCUCGCCGACAUGCAGGGCUGUUUCAACGAAAUGAUCACAAAUUGUGCCGACUAUACCGUCCUUAGGUUGGAUCAAUACGGCACUCCAGGCCAAAAUGCAACCAGCCAGGCUCUCGCGACUUGCAUGUUCCGAGUCUUCGCCCAAGCUCCCACGGCCGAGACUCUACUUACACUGCCAAAGACCAUCGGAGGCUACGGGCUGGGGGGCUAUUGCGGAGAGCACGCCUGCAUGGAUUUUCGCAUGGCUCCACGUCCUUUUAUCGCUUACGAACCAUUCCUCGUGAAGUAUGAUAUUGUCAACUUGCGUGUCAUAAUGGAUGACGCGCAGAAAGUCAUAGUAUUACCUUCAAAGACCCAGCCCUUUGCUGGACAAGUCAGCUACGACAGCAGCGAAACUCAUGACCAGUCCAAAUACGGCGCAACCUUUCGAGCACCGCUCGGUACAAGAGUUCACGCAAGAUCUGGAGACAAGGGGUCCAAUGCUAACGUCGGGUUUUGGGUGCUAGAAGACGACGAGUAUGAUUGGCUGCGCUCGUUCCUCUCAAUCGACCGCAUCAAGCAGCUGCUCGGAGAUGACUACCGCGAGGGCUACGAGAUUGAACGGUUUGAGUUAAGAAAUCUCCGCUGCGUCCAUUUCCUUGUUAAGGGAAUUCUUGAGGGCGGAAUCAGCUCGACUUAUCGGCUCGAUGGGUUGGCUAAGAGCUUGGGUGAAUUCCUUAGAGCAAGAGAGGUUGAUUUGCCGCUUGCAUUCUUCCGGAGGGGAAGAAUUUGA